GACGGGGCGGGCCGCGGGGACCCGGGCAGCCCGCGCACUUGGCAGGAGCUUGCAGCUGCCGCCGCCCGCGCCUCCGAGGUUUCACGGCUUCUUCAGCAGAGACCCGAGGUCGGCCGCCAUGUCCGCCGCAGAGGAGGUUGACGGGCUGGGCGUGGCCCGGCCGCACUAUGGCUCUGUCCUGGAUAAUGAAAGACUUACUGCAGAGGAGAUGGAUGAAAGGAGACGUCAGAAUGUGGCUUAUGAGUACCUUUGUCAUUUGGAAGAAGCAAAGAGAUGGAUGGAAGCGUGCCUCGGGGAAGAUCUGCCCCCUACCACAGAACUGGAGGAGGGGCUGAGGAAUGGGGUCUAUCUCGCCAAACUGGGGAACUUCUUCUCUCCCAGAGUGGUGUCCCUCAAAAAAAUCUAUGAUCGAGAACAGACCAGAUACAAGGCGACUGGCCUGCACUUCAGACACACUGAUAACGUGAUUCAGUGGUUGAAUGCCAUGGAUGACAUUGGAUUGCCUAAGAUUUUUUACCCAGAAACUACAGAUAUCUAUGAUCGAAAGAACAUGCCAAGGUGUAUCUACUGUAUCCAUGCACUCAGUUUGUACCUGUUCAAGCUAGGCCUGGCCCCUCAAAUUCAAGACCUAUAUGGAAAGGUUGACUUCACAGAAGAAGAAAUUAACAACAUGAAGACUGAGUUGGAGAAGUAUGGCAUCCAGAUGCCUGCCUUUAGCAAGAUUGGGGGCAUUCUGGCUAAUGAACUCUCAGUGGACGAAGCUGCAUUACAUGCUGCUGUUAUUGCUAUUAAUGAAGCCAUUGACCGUAGAAUGCCAGCCGACACGUUUGCAGCUUUGAAAAAUCCCAAUGCCAUGCUUGUAAAUCUUGACGAGCCCUUGGCAUCCACCUACCAGGAUGUACUUUACCAGGCUAAGCAGGACAAAAUGACAAAUGCUAAAAACAGGACAGAAAACUCAGAGAGAGAAAGAGAUGUUUAUGAGGAGCUGCUCACGCAAGCUGAAAUUCAAGGCAAUGUAAACAAAGUCAAUACAUUUUCUGCAUUAGCAAAUAUCGACCUAGCUUUAGAGCAAGGAGUUGCACUGGCCUUGUUCAAGGCUCUGCAGUCACCAGCCCUGGGUCUUCGAGGACUGCAGCAACAGAAUAGUGACUGGUACUUGAAGCAGCUCCUGAGUGACAAACAGCAGAAGAAACAGAGUGGUCAGGCUGACCCCCUGCAGAAGGAGGAGCUGCAGUCUGGAGUGGAUGCUGCAAACAGUGCUGCCCAGGAGUAUCAGAGAAGGUUGGCAGCAGUAGCAGCGAUUAAUGCUGCCAUCCAGAAGGGUGUUGCUGAGAAGACUGUUUUGGAACUGAUGAACCCUGAAGCCCAGCUGCCCCAAGUGUAUCCAUUUGCCGCCGAUCUCUAUCAGAAGGAGCUGGCUACCCUGCAGCAACAGAGUCCUGAACAUAAUCUCACCCACCCAGAGCUCUCUGUCGCAGUGGAGAUGUUGUCAUCAGUGGCCCUAAUCAACCGGGCUUUGGAAUCAGGAGACAUGAACACAGUGUGGAAGCAAUUGAGCAGUUCAGUUACUGGCCUUACCAAUAUUGAGGGAGAAAACUGUCAGAGGUAUCUCGAUGAGCUGAUGAAACUGAAAGCUCAGGCACAUGCAGAGAAUAAUGAAUUCAUUACAUGGAAUGAUAUCCAAGCUUGCGUGGACCAUGUGAACCUGGUGGUGCAAGAGGAACAUGAGAGGAUUUUAGCCAUUGGUUUAAUUAAUGAAGCCCUGGAUGAAGGUGAUGCCCAAAAGACUCUGCAAGCCUUGCAGAUUCCUGCAGCUAAACUUGAGGGAGUCCUUGCAGAAGUAGCUCAGCAUUACCAAGACACACUGAUCAGAGCGAAGAGAGAGAAAGCCCAGGAAACCCAGGAUGAGUCAGCUGUGCUGUGGUUGGAUGAAAUUCAAGGUGGAAUCUGGCAGUCCAACAAAGACACCCAAGAAGCCCAGAAGUUUGCCUUAGGAAUCUUUGCCAUUAAUGAAGCAGUAGAAAGUGGUGAUGUUGGCAAAACACUGAGUGCCCUUCGUUCCCCUGAUGUUGGCUUAUAUGGAGUCAUCCCUGAAUGUGGUGAAACUUACCAGAGUGACCUUGCUGAAGCCAAGAAGAAAAAACAGGCAGCGGGAGAUAAUGACAGCAAGUGGGUGAAGCACUGGGUGAAAGGUGGAUACUAUUAUUACCACAAUCUGGAGACCCAGGAAGGAGGAUGGGACGAACCCCCAAAUUUUGUGCAGAAUUCUAUGCAGCUUUCUCGGGAGGAGAUCCAGAGUUCCAUCUCUGGAGUGACAGCUGCGUAUAACCGAGAACAGCUCUGGCUGGCCAAUGAAGGCCUGAUCACCAGGCUGCAGGCCCGCUGCCGUGGAUACUUAGUUCGACAGGAAUUCCGAUCCAGGAUGAAUUUCCUGAAGAAACAAAUCCCUGCCAUCACCUGCAUUCAGUCCCAGUGGAGAGGGUACAAGCAGAAGAAGGCCUAUCAAGACCGGUUAGCUUACCUGCGCUCCCACAAAGAUGAAGUUGUAAAGAUUCAAUCCCUGGCAAGGAUGCACCAAGCUAGAAAGCGCUAUCGAGAUCGCCUGCAGUACUUCCGGGACCACAUAAAUGACAUUAUAAAAAUCCAGGCUUUUAUUCGGGCCAACAAAGCUCGGGAUGACUACAAGACUCUCAUCAAUGCUGAGGAUCCUCCUAUGAUUGUUGUCCGAAAAUUUGUCCACCUGCUGGACCAAAGUGACCAGGAUUUUCAGGAGGAGCUUGACCUUAUGAAGAUGCGGGAAGAGGUCAUCACCCUCAUUCGUUCUAACCAGCAGCUGGAGAAUGACCUCAAUCUCAUGGAUAUCAAAAUUGGACUGCUAGUGAAAAAUAAGAUUACAUUGCAGGAUGUGGUUUCCCACAGUAAAAAACUUACCAAAAAAAAUAAGGAACAAUUGUCUGAUAUGAUGAUGGUAAAUAAACAGAAGGGAGGUCUCAAGGCUUUGAGCAAGGAGAAGAGAGAAAAGUUGGAAGCUUACCAGCACCUGUUUUAUUUACUGCAAACCAAUCCCACCUAUCUGGCCAAGCUAAUUUUUCAGAUGCCCCAGAACAAGUCCACCAAGUUCAUGGACUCUGUGAUCUUCACACUCUACAACUAUGCAUCCAACCAGCGAGAGGAGUACCUGCUUCUGCGGCUCUUUAAGACAGCGCUCCAGGAGGAAAUCAAGUCAAAGGUAGAUCAGAUUCAAGAGAUUGUGACAGGAAAUCCUACAGUUAUUAAAAUGGUUGUAAGUUUCAACCGUGGUGCCCGUGGCCAGAAUGCCCUGAGACAGAUCUUGGCCCCAGUCGUGAAGGAAAUUAUGGAUGACAAAUCUCUCAACAUCAAAACUGACCCUGUGGAUAUUUACAAAUCUUGGGUUAAUCAGAUGGAGUCUCAGACAGGAGAGGCAAGCAAACUGCCCUAUGAUGUGACCCCUGAGCAGGCACUAGCUCAUGAAGAAGUGAAGACCCGGCUAGACAACUCGAUCAGGAACAUGCGGGCUGUGACAGACAAGUUUCUCUCAGCCAUUGUCAGCUCUGUGGACAAAAUCCCUUACGGGAUGCGCUUCAUUGCCAAAGUGCUGAAGGACUCGUUGCAUGAGAAGUUCCCUGAUGCUGGUGAGGAUGAGCUGUUGAAGAUUAUUGGUAACUUGCUUUAUUAUCGAUACAUGAAUCCAGCCAUUGUUGCUCCUGAUGCCUUUGACAUCAUUGACCUGUCGGCGGGAGGCCAGCUUACCACAGACCAACGCCGAAACCUGGGCUCCAUUGCAAAAAUGCUUCAGCAUGCUGCUUCCAAUAAGAUGUUUCUGGGAGAUAACGCUCACUUAAGCAUCAUUAAUGAAUAUCUUUCCCAGUCCUACCAGAAAUUCAGACGGUUUUUCCAAACUGCUUGUGAUGUCCCAGAACUUCAGGAUAAAUUUAAUGUGGAUGAGUACUCUGAUUUAGUAACUCUCACCAAACCAGUCAUCUACAUUUCCAUUGGUGAAAUCAUCAACACCCACACUGUAAGUAUUUUUCUUUAAUUACUUAAUUUCAUUGCUCUGUCCUUAAUUAUUUUCCUUGGCUGCUGCUUAUCGCCUCUGGUAGCCAGGUGUCUCACCUUCCUGUGAUCUAGCUGACAAUACAUCACCUUGUUGUCUCUUUUGUUGCUUGUUAGUCUUAACACUAUCUACUGCUAAGUUUCUACAGGUCUCCCCAGGCCACCUGCAUCAGAAUCAUAUGGGCUGAUCGUUAAAAAUGAAGUUUUCUGGGCCCCACCCCAGGCCUAGUGAAUCAGAAUCCCACUAAAUUCAUCUAGUGCCUUGAUCAAAAAAAAAAAUAGUGCUUUUACUCUUUUUUCUUUUUACCCCAGCCCUCUGCAUUGUUUUUCUAACAUGAUGUAGAAUACUAGCUUCUUUCUCUGUGUAGCCUUGGAGUGGAUUUUUCCCUUGGAAGCUGGAGCUCCCCGUUUCUUCAGAUUUUUCAAAUAAUUCAUUUUUUCCCUUUUGGGUACAUAGACAUGUAGAACAGGCAUGAGGACAUAUGAAAAAAUAUAAAUGAAAUUUCGGAGUUACUGUCAUUUCUGAGGGCAUCACCUGGGAUAACGACACCUUGAAGCCUUUGUUGAGUGUCUCUACAAUAAUUGAACAUUGAUUUGGCAUGCUUUCCUCUGAAUUAAAAUCGUGUCAUACACUGGAAGCACUAAGUAAAAGUCUGCAUAUGAGUUAUUUGAACUGGUAGUAGUGUACAUUGAUGACUUUGGAUAUUGA